AGGCCUUCCAUGUACAAAGCCCUAAGAAAAAUGAAAAAAGCUCAGCCCAUAAACCUAGCUCUCUAAUCUCUAUAGUGGCUGCUGCUGCUGCUUUCAAAAAGUUUCAACGAUUUACAUUCCCAUUUCAAGGGUUUUAGCGCUAAGCUUCGGCUACCUUCAAGGAAGUUCCAGCCCCAACGAACCAUGGUUCGACCAUUUGCGGCCAAGGGGAAGAAGAGAAAGAAGUCGGAGAAGUACGACAGAGACGACGAUGACGGAGAAUCCACGGUUCCAGCCAAGAAGCCUACGGCGGAGAACGAACCUGACGAGGAACCACCCAAGGAAGACUUCCACGAGCUUGAAGGUAUUCCUAUUGUUCCAAAAGACCCCAACAGUGAUAAACAUGCGGGUGUCAUCUUCGUCCUCGAAAGAGCUUCAUUGGAGGUUGCCAAAGUUGGGAAGAAUUACCAGCUGUUGAAUUCUGAUGACCACUCCAAUUUUUUGAGAAAAAAUAACAGAAAUCCGGGGGAUUAUAGACCUGAUAUCCUGCAUCAAGCUCUUUUGGCGAUAUUCGAUAGCCGAAUUGCAAAGGCUGGGAGGUUGAAAGCUGUUUAUGUGAAAACUGAGAAAGGUUUAUUAAUUGAAGUUAAACCAUACGUUCGUCUUCCAAGGACGCAGAAACGAUUUUAUGGAGUUAUGUUGCAAUUGCUACAAAAGUUAAGCAUCACAGCUGCGGGUAAGCGUGAGAAACUCUUUCGGGUGAUAAAGAAUCCUGUAACUCAGUACUUACCUGCAAAUUCUCGUAAAAUGGGCUUCUCGCAUAGUUCAGACAAGUUGGUCAAGAUGCGAAAUUAUUUGGAUGCUGUCGAAGAUGAUGUAGACCUUGUUUUUGUGGUGGGUGCAAUGGCUCAUGGGAAAAUUGAGACUGAUUACACCGAUGAUCUUUUAGCAAUUUCUGAAUAUCCUCUCAGUGCUAGUUGCUGUAUUGCGGAUAUUUGCAAAGAUUUGGCAGAGAAAUGGAAUAUAGGGUGAAAUCCUGCUUACAACUAUGCAUCCAGUUAAGAUUUAAAGUCGUUGCUUCAAGUUUCAACUAUCUUGUUUCAUAUGUUUAGUUAUUAUUUCAGAAAGUAUGAUGCAGCAGAGUUUUUAGGUAUAUUGGUGUAACCAUAAUAGAAGAAGAUUCCUUUUUUUUUUUUACCUGCUUCAAGGAGAUGAGCUGUAGAGAUGAAUUAAGCCUUACCGUAGCUAUUUUUUGUGUAGCUAAUGCUUAAUCGAUUUAAAUCUAAUUGAAAUUAUGGACUUUUAGUUGUUAAAA